AUGACAACCGAUCUACCACCGCACACAUUGACAACCGAUCUACCACCACGCACAAUGUUGUCGCUUUUAGAAAUGAAACAACUAGACGAUUUAUUAGCUCAACCUGUUCAACAAUUAUUCGAUGUCAUGGCGCCUGCCGCGCACGUACUUAAGAUGCCUAGUACCCGCGAACAAGAUAUUGAUUCCGGAGCUCAUGAACAAUCAGCGCAAUCAAGAGGACUUGGUGCCCUGAAACAACCGCCGAUACCAUCACCAGAUGCCGAUGGUCAGAUGAAGAUCACAACGGCGAUGACACCAACACGAACAUCAUCUGCUAAUGAAUCAGACGCUGCUUCACAACCAGCGGAUUUUGUACUAGCAGGCACAGGUAUUUCACAUCCAGAUACUUUUUUGCAUGUCGCGCCGCACACACACACAGACACAAACUUACUGGAGCA